AUAGGUACGACAUGGACUUUGGAACUCACACAAUUAAUAAUGAAUGACGGCGAUCCGACGUUUACCGAAUCAGCCCAUCAUAAUGAUCGAAUACCUUUUCUAGAAUAUAAAUAUGACGAGUUUCCUCAGUGGGAAGGACUGGGAAUACUGAAAAAAUUGAAAUCUCCAAGACUAAUAAAAUCACAUUUACCAGUCAGUCUCUUCCCUAAAUCAGCUUUAUACAAAGGUUGUAAGGUAAUUUAUGUCGCCCGGAAUCCAAAAGAUGUGGUUGUCUCCUAUUAUCAUUUUUAUAAGACAACAGUCGAAUUUGGAGAAUAUGGCGGUGAUUUCCACGACUUCCUCAAGCAGUUUAUGAACGGCAAAGUGCAUUAUGGGGAUUGGUUUACUUACAUGCUUGAAUGGUGGAAAUAUAUCGCAGAUAAUGAUAUAUUAUUUUUGAAGUACGAAGAUAUGAAGAAGGAUCCAAGAUUGGCGACUGUGAAAAUUGCAAACUACCUUAACCGCAACCUGAGUGAUGAAGUCAUCGACAAAAUAACGGAAUAUUGUUCUUUUAAGAAAAUGAAGAAACACGUGACAAAUGAAAAUAAUGAGGGGAAUUACAUGCGAAAAGGAGUUAUUGGUGACUGGAAAAAACAUUUCACUGUAGCCGAAAAUGAGGCUUUUGAGAAGAUUUACAAUGAAAGAAUGGAGGGUUCUGGUUUAAAGUUCGAUUGGUGAAACUGUACACUGUAGACACGUCGUCUCUUUUAUUUUACAAUGUUUUGCUAAAAUGUAUACUCCCUUUGUAUUUGACACUAACAUCCAUCUUUACAAAAUUUAUUUAAGUUUAAUCCUUGAGGUACCACCCUGGCAUUGUGAUAGUGUGGCCAGUAUCUCUAGAUCAAAUUGAUAGCAAAAACAUACGCAGUCCGUCUCUCUGGAAACUUCUCAAUGCAAGUUAUGUGACUGAAUACAGUGGGGGAAACUGACAUAUUGAUAUUAUUGUGUAAAAAAGUACAACUAUGAAAAGAAAAGUUCGGGAUAUGUUUAACUUUAUUUUUAUUCAAGUUUCUUCAAUUAAAAAAAUAUUCACGUCACCAAAAUAAUCAAGGUUAUUCAAAAUUGUCUAAUUAAAGUACUUGUGCACAAGAAUCACGAUGAAGCAAUAAUUACACCACUAUAUAAUGCCAAGAUGAUUGGUGCACUUGGUAUAUCCGAGAAAUAUAGAUCAGCCAUGCUGUUUUUUGUACUAAGACACCAUACUGAACAAAAUGUGAUUUCCUCAUCUCCCUGGUAACCAAGCACGUUCUAGUAUGUGACUAUUGCAUCGCAACACAUCACAUCGCUCAGUGUUAAUAUGAUAAGUCACCCGUCCUUGCUAUGUCAAAAAAGAUUUACUUAUUUAGACACGUACGUUAUGGUACUUGUAUUCC